AUAUUUAUAUUUUGUUACAUUAUUUGUUACGAUGUCAAUCAAGAUUGCGUUUAUGUCAUUCAUAAUGUUAUAUUGUAUAUUCGUUAUAGAAUCGAAAAAGUAUCGCUAUGACUAUAAGUAUGUCGAAGAAAUUGAUGGUUGGAUAAAAUUAAAUUUAUUUCCCGCAAAAUGGCAAGAAGCUCGUCUCCGUUGUCAUUUUGAAGGCGCAGUGCUGGCGUCACCAGAGACUCCUGAGCUAGCGUCGAUCUUAAAAUCAAUAGCGGCAGAGCGUUUCCCUUGUGGCGUGUACACAGGGGUUCACGCAACCUUCUCACCGGGAGAUUACUUCUCUGUCGAAGGGACACCUAUUGGAAGAAUGCCUAUUGAAUGGGCUCCUAAUGAACCAGACAAUUACGAGGGUAAAGAAGAUUGUAUAAUCCUACAAGGUAACGGCACCGCCGCUGAUGUUAAUUGCACGGACUUGUACCCCUACGUGUGCUACAGGAGUCAAGUCAGAAGUCCGGUAACAUUGAAUGAAUGCGGCACCGUUGACUCGGAAUACCAUUACGAAGCAAGAACCGGCUCCUGCUACAAGUUCCAUACCGUGGGCAGGACCUGGUCACGCGCUUUCAUGGCAUGCGCGGCCGAGGGGGGCUAUCUUGUUGUCAUCAACGGCAACGUGGAGGCGACCGUGCUUGCUGAGCUGUUCGCAAAACAUCCCGAUUCGAAAAUCGGCGCCAAAAUAAAAGACGUAUUACACAUAGGUUUCCACAGCUGGGGAGAGAAUGGCGCUUGGACGACCAUCCAUGGACAAUCUAUUGAAGCGGCGGGCUACUCGAAGUUCGAUAAUGGUCAGCCUGACUCCCCGCAUGUGACAAUGUGCGGAGGCAUGUUUAGGAAAGGAACCCUAGACGACUUUGACUGCGGGGAGACGGCGCCUUUUAUCUGUGAAAAAUCCCCAGACAGUCUAUACGAAAAUACAAAGAUAUUUGGAUGAACUCCUAAUAAAUU